AUGGCUGGAAUUUUCUAUUUCGUCCUCUUUUCGUUUCUCUUUGGGAUUUGCGACGCUGUCACCGGUUCUAGGGUAUGCCCAGAAAAUGAAGUUACUUUAUUGGAUUCCAGAUCUGUUCAGGGAGAGCUUGGGUGGAUAGCAAGCCCUCUGGAAGGAGGGUGGGAGGAAGUGAGCAUUAUGGAUGAAAAAAACACACCAAUCCGAACCUACCAGGUGUGCAAUGUGAUGGAGGCCAGCCAGAACAACUGGCUGCGAACUGAUUGGAUCACCCGAGAAGGGGCACAGAGGGUGUACAUUGAGAUUAAGUUCACUCUGAGGGACUGCAACAGUCUUCCCGGCGUCAUGGGGACUUGCAAGGAGACGUUUAACCUGUACUACUAUGAAUCGGACAACGACAAGGAGCGCUUCAUCAGAGAGAGCCAGUUUGGCAAGAUUGACACCAUUGCGGCUGAUGAGAGUUUCACGCAGGUGGACAUUGGUGACCGAAUCAUGAAGCUCAACACUGAGAUCCGGGAUGUGGGACCACUGAGCAAAAAGGGCUUUUACCUGGCCUUUCAGGAUGUGGGUGCUUGCAUUGCCCUGGUGUCUGUCCGUGUGUUCUACAAGAAGUGUCCACUCACUGUUCGAAAUCUAGCCCAGUUUCCUGAUACCAUCACAGGGGCGGAUACCUCUUCCCUGGUGGAAGUUCGAGGCUCCUGUGUCAACAACUCUGAAGAGAAGGAUGUGCCAAAAAUGUACUGUGGGGCAGAUGGCGAAUGGCUGGUACCCAUUGGCAACUGCCUAUGCAAUGCUGGGCAUGAGGAGCAGAAUGGUGAAUGCCAAGCUUGCAAAAUUGGAUACUACAAAGCUCUCUCCACGGAUGCCACCUGUGCCAAGUGUCCACCCCACAGCUACUCCGUCUGGGAAGGAGCCACCUCGUGUACCUGUGACCGAGGCUUUUUCAGAGCUGACAAUGAUGCUGCUUCUAUGCCCUGCACCCGUCCACCAUCUGCUCCCCUCAACCUGAUUUCAAAUGUCAACGAGACGUCGGUGAACUUGGAAUGGAGCAGUCCUCAGAACACGGGUGGCCGGCAGGACAUUUCUUACAAUGUGGUCUGCAAGAAAUGUGGAGCUGGUGACCCCAGCAAGUGCCGGCCCUGUGGAAGUGGAGUCCACUACACGCCACAGCAGAAUGGUCUCAAGACGACCAGAGUCUCUAUCACUGACCUGCUCGCACAUACCAAUUACACGUUUGAGAUCUGGGCCGUGAAUGGAGUAUCUAAGUAUAACCCUAGCCCGGACCAGUCAGUGUCUGUCACUGUGACAACCAACCAAGCAGCACCAUCAUCCAUUGCUUUGGUCCAGGCUAAAGAAGUCACAAGAUACAGUGUGGCUCUGGCUUGGUUAGAACCAGAUCGACCAAAUGGAGUAAUCUUAGAAUAUGAAGUCAAGUAUUAUGAAAAGGAUCAGAAUGAGCGAAGCUAUCGCAUAGUUCGGACGGCUGCCAGGAACACAGAUAUCAAAGGCCUGAACCCUCUGACUUCCUAUGUGUUCCACGUGCGAGCCAGGACUGCUGCUGGCUAUGGAGACUUCAGUGAGCCCUUGGAGGUCACUACCAACACAGUGCCUUCCCGGAUCAUUGGUGAUGGAGCCAACUCCACCGUCCUGCUGGUUUCCGUCUCUGGCAGUGUGGUGCUUGUGGUCAUUCUCAUUGCAGCUUUUGUCAUCAGCCGUAGACGGAGUAAGUACAGCAAAGCAAAACAGGAAGCAGAUGAAGAGAAACAUUUGAAUCAAGGUGUUAGAACUUACGUGGAUCCCUUUACAUACGAAGACCCCAACCAGGCAGUUCGAGAAUUUGCCAAAGAAAUUGAUGCAUCCUGCAUUAAAAUUGAAAAAGUCAUAGGAGUUGGUGAAUUUGGAGAGGUCUGCAGUGGGCGCCUCAAGGUGCCAGGCAAGAGAGAGAUCUGUGUGGCUAUCAAGACUCUGAAAGCUGGUUACACUGACAAGCAGAGGAGGGACUUCCUGAGCGAGGCCAGCAUCAUGGGACAGUUUGACCACCCAAACAUAAUCCACCUGGAAGGCGUUGUCACCAAAUGUAAACCAGUAAUGAUCAUAACGGAGUACAUGGAGAACGGCUCCUUGGAUGCAUUCCUCAGGAAGAAUGAUGGCCGAUUUACAGUCAUUCAGCUGGUGGGCAUGCUCCGUGGCAUCGGGUCUGGGAUGAAGUAUUUAUCUGAUAUGAGCUAUGUGCACCGAGACCUGGCUGCUAGGAACAUCCUGGUAAACAGCAACUUGGUCUGCAAGGUGUCUGAUUUCGGCAUGUCCAGGGUCCUUGAGGAUGAUCCCGAGGCAGCCUAUACGACCAGGGUGAUUAAAGCCAUUGAGGAAGGCUACCGGCUACCCCCACCAAUGGACUGCCCCAUCGCCCUCCAUCAGUUAAUGCUGGACUGCUGGCAGAAAGAGAGAAGUGACAGACCUAAAUUCGGGCAGAUUGUCAACAUGUUGGACAAACUCAUCCGCAAUCCCAACAGCUUGAAGAGGACAGGACCAGAGAGUUCCAGACCAAACACAGCCUUGCUGGAUCCCAGCUCCCCUGAGUUUUCGGCUGUAGUAUCAGUGGGCGACUGGCUGCAGGCCAUCAAAAUGGACCGGUAUAAGGAUAACUUCACAGCUGCCGGGUAUACCACGCUAGAAGCUGUGGUUCACAUGAACCAGGAUGACCUGGCGAGAAUUGGCAUCACCGCAAUCACACACCAGAAUAAGAUUUUAAGCAGUGUCCAGGCAAUGAGAACCCAAAUGCAGCAGAUCCAUGGCAGGAUGGUUCCUGUCUGA